CAGGGUGCGGCGGCCCGGUGAGCGGGAGGGAGGCAGGAAGGAGCUCGCCGGGCUGUGCGGCGCGCGAUGUGGAGCCGCCGCUUCGGCGCCAGCAGCCGCCGCCGCCGCAGCUGCUGCUGGGGCUGCCGCCGAGCCGAGGGACAUGGAGCCCGGCUGCAGAGAGCGGCCGCCGGCAGCAGCAGCGAGCGUCGAAGCAACAGCGGAGCGCAGCCCGCCCCGUGAAGCGCUGCCCGGCCGGCGGUGGCAGCGGCAGCAGCAGCAACAGGGCGGCUGAUAACCCGGCGGCGGCGGCAGCGGCGACAGCGGCGGCGUCCAUCCCCGAAACCUCACCUCCCGCUUUGAGGCCCCUCAGUCUUCCCUUUCUCAGCUUUCCCUUGCCACCCGCUCCUCAGCUGCGAGCAGCGAGCAGCUGAGCCAGGGGGCGGGGGAGGGGACGCGUGCCGCCGGCGUGGGGGAGGGGUGGGCCGGCGCGCGCCGCGCCCAGGGCUCGCGGGGACCCGGGGGGCGCGUGCCGCGGCGCGAGGCGAGGCGAAGCGCGGGGCGGUGCGGCGGGGCCCCUCCCCCCUGCAGCCUGGCGCGCGCCGGCCGGGCCGCACAGCUGCGGGCUCCGCGCGCGCGGGCCAUGUCCGCCUUCUGCCUGGGCUUGGCCGGCCCCGCUUCAGCACCCGCCGAGCCGGACAGCGCCUGCUGCAUGGAGCUGCCCACCGCGGCCGCGGACGCAGUCGGGAGUCCAGCUGCCACCGCCCUGGUCUCCUUCCCCGGGGGCCCCGGGGAUCUGGAACUGGCGUUAGAGGAGGAGCUGGCGCUGCUGGCGGCCGGGGAACGGCCGUCCGACCCCGGGGAGCAUCCUCCGGCUGAGCCCGGGCCUCCAGCCGAGGGAGCCGGACUGCAGUCACCGCCUGCCCAGGACCCCGAGCUGCUGUCGGUGAUCCGGCAGAAGGAGAAAGAUCUGGUGUUGGCGGCCCGGCUGGGCAAGGCGCUGCUCGAGAGGAACCAGGACAUGAGCCGGCAGUACGAACAGAUGCACAAGGAGCUGACAGACAAACUGGAGCACUUAGAACAAGAGAAACAUGAACUCAGAAGACGAUUUGAGAACCGAGAAGGAGAGUGGGAAGGGCGUGUGUCGGAGCUGGAGAGUGACGUGAAACAGCUUCAGGAUGAGUUGGAGAGGCAGCAGGUUCAUCUACGGGAGGCAGAUCGAGAAAAAACACGGGCUGUCCAGGAACUGUCUGAACAGAACCAAAGGUUAUUGGACCAGCUCAGCAGGGCAUCAGAAGUUGAGAGACAGCUCUCCAUGCAAGUGCACGCCCUCCGAGAAGACUUUCGGGAGAAAAACUCAUCAACCAACCAGCACAUCAUCCGUCUGGAAAGCCUUCAGGCCGAGCAGGUUCUUGAAAUCAAGAUGCUGUCCGAUCGGAAACGGGAGCUGGAGCAUCGCCUCAGCGCCACCUUAGAGGAAAAUGACCUGCUCCAGGGGACCGUGGAGGAGCUACAGGACCGGGUGCUGAUCCUGGAGAGGCAGGGCCAUGACAAAGACCUACAGCUGCAUCAAAGCCAGCUGGAGCUCCAGGAGGUGCGCCUCUCCUACCGCCAGCUGCAGGUGAAGGUGGACGAGCUCACGGAGGAGAGGAGCCUGCAGAGCUCCGCCGCCACCAGCACGUCGCUCCUGUCCGAGAUCGAGCAGAGCAUGGAGGCCGAGGAGCUGGAGCAAGAGAGAGAGCAGCUGAGACUGCAGCUCUGGGAAGCCUACUGCCAGGUUCGCUAUCUCUGCUCACACCUUCGAGGAAAUGACAGUGCUGACUCGGCCGUCUCCACGGACUCCUCAAUGGACGAGUCUUCGGAAACCUCGUCUGCCAAGGAUGUGCCAGCCGGCAGCUUGCGCACUGCCCUCAGCGAGCUCAAGAGGCUGAUACAGAGCAUCGUGGAUGGCAUGGAGCCCACGAGCUCCCGGAGAAUUGACGAUGACUCCUUAGAAGAACAGAUAAGGCAGACCAGUGAGGAUUCGAGAGCCCUAAGGGAACUCAUGGAGGGAGAGAGGGGUAAAUUGAGGCAAAGCCUAGAGGAACUGCAGCAACUCCACAGUCAGGUAACACUGCUGAGUGUGGAGAUGACUGCACUGAAGGAGGAGAGAGACCGACUCAGAAUGACAUCUGAGGACAAGGAACCAAAGGAGCAGCUUCAGAAGGCCAUCAGGGACCGGGACGAAGCUAUUGCGAAGAAAAAUGCUGUGGAGCUGGAACUCGCCAAAUGCAAGAUGGACAUGAUGUCUCUGAACAGCCAGCUGCUGGAUGCCAUUCAGCAGAAACUGAACCUCUCGCAGCAGCUCGAGGCUUGGCAGGAUGACAUGCACAGGGUCAUUGACCGGCAGCUGAUGGACACGCACCUGAAGGAACGGAGCCGGCCUGCUGCUGCCCUCUCCAGGGCCCAUGGCGCGGGCCACGGGGACGAGCCCAGCACCACCGAAGGCAAACGGCUCUUCUCAUUCUUCAGGAAAAUUUGAGUUGGGAGGAAUCGGGCCAGCGAGGAUGGGCGGACUGGAGGCAACUGAAAGGGGUGCGGGUGUUUGCAUGCAAGGGCCUCCCCCGGGCCGGGCAGGAGCCCUGUGCCCACUGCCCAGCCAGGCCCAGCCCGGGCUUCCCGAGGAUCCGCCGUCCUUGAGCAGGGCUCAGGCCGCCUCCGGAGUGGCCAGCCCCGCCCACCCCUCAGUGGCUCCCUGGCCCAACCCCAGGCACUGCUGCCCUCCUGUUGGGAACACGGGGAACAGGAGAAACAGGCCCUCUCUGCAUGCCUCAGGAGGCUCCUGCUGCCCCCGCUGGCCUGAGCCUCCAUCCCUCCCCCGGACCCUGGCCCGGGGUGUAGGGGGAGGUGGCCCCUCACCCGUGUGCAUGCACCUCUGCCGGGAGCACUGUGGGCAGGAGACCCAGCCUGUGGGGCCUGAUGGCUGGGGCCGUUCUCUUGCACUCUGCCACGGCUUGGCUGAGGCCAUCCUGAGCCCAGAAGGAAGACGGGCCUGCCCCCUGGCAUCACUGCUCUCCGUCCCUGGCCUCCACCAGUGCAGGCAUUCCCUCCACAGGGCCGAGCCAGCCAGGCUUCCGAUGGGCCCUGGGCAGGCUUUAGCCACCCAGUCCUUUCCCCUUCUCGGGGCCAGGGCUGGGAGGGGUUCUCCUCCAACUACAGCGCCCUGCUCCACUCACACACGUUCUUGGUUCAGCCGAGCACGUCCAGGCCACAGAACGGCCCCAGAGGGGUCUGUGGUCAGCCACCUCCACCUCAAGGGCAGCGCUGUCACCACAGGGUGGACGCCUCUGGAUACUGCCCACUAGGCCUGCAGAAGGACGAGUCCUGCAACCUGCUGCUCCGGCUCCUCCGGCAGCCACUGCUCCUCCUCUGCUGAGGCCUCACUCCGAGGCGCCCAGGCUGAGCAGCCCGCAGGCUGCUUCCCCAGGAUCGUCUCCCUCCCUCACCUGGGAAAAGCACAGCAGGGAUGAGCGGAAAGAAUGUACCUAUAGAUAUGUACAUACCACAGUGCUGUACUUUUGUAUGUAGCAAUCAUGUAAAUACAUGUAUGGAUUUUAUAAUAUACAUAUUAUAUAUAAAAAUCUAUAAAGGCAUAUUUUUAGAAAAACAGCGCACCACUGCUUCUUUUGAAAAUAGUAUAAGAAUAAAUUGAAUUUCUACAGAG